AUGACCACCCAAAAAGCUAUCAUUGUCAUUGAGCCCAAGAAGGACGGUCUGGUUGCCGACCGGGCCAUUCCUGCUCUUCGGGAUGACUACAUUCUGGUCAAAAACGUCAGCGUCGGCUUGAACCCAACUGACUGGAAGCACGUCGCCUACCUUUCUCCCCCAGGUGUGCUAGUUGGAUGCGACUACGCAGGCGUGGUCGAAGCCGUUGGCAAGGAUGUGAAGAAACCAUUCAAGAAGGGAGACCGCGUCUGUGGCUUCGUUCACGGUGGUAAUUCCGUUCAGCCUGAAGACGGUGCUUUUGCUGAGUACAUCGUUGCCAAGGGCGACGUGCAGAUGAAGAUUCCGGACAACUUGAGCUUCCAGGAGGCCGCUACCCUGGGCGUUGGUAUCGUUACUGUUGGCCAGGGUCUUUACCAGAGUCUGAAGUUGGCUCUGCCUACCGAGCCUAUCAAGGAAAACACGCCAAUUCUCAUCUAUGGUGGUUCGACUGCCACCGGUACCCUGGCUAUCCAAUUCGCCAAGCUGUCCGGCUACAAGGUGUUGACCACCUGCUCCCCACACAACUUUGACCUUGUGACCAGCCUGGGCGCAGAUGCUGUCUUUGACUACAAGGAUCCUCAAUCUGCCGCCCUGAUCCGCAAGGAAACCGACAACAACCUGAAGCUCGUCUUCGACUGCAUUGCUCUCGAAUCGAGCGCCAAGUUCUGCGAGGCAGCCAUUUCUACUGAGGGUGGUGAAUACAGCGCUCUGUUGAAUGUCAAGGUCGAGCGUGACAAUGUCAACAGUCGCUUCACUCUUGGCUACACUUCCGUUGGUGAGGCUUUCAAGUUUGGAGAUAUUCCAUUCCCUGCCAAGCCGGAGGAUAAGGCUUAUACCGAGAUGUUUGUUCCCAUCGCGGAGGAUCUUCUGGCUCAAGGAAAGGUCAAGGUUCACCGACCCAAGGUCGGCAAGGACGGAUUGAAGGGUGUUUUGGAGGGACUGCAGCUGUUGAAGGAGGAUAAGGUUAGCGGAGAGAAGCUGGUUUAUAAUGUCUCCGAGACUCCUUAA